GCAGGGAAAGUGUUUGAAACCUUUGAUAGUGCAACGCACCAAGAACAUCAAGCAAAAUGCCAUCCAAGCCAAUUAAUGUGCGGGUGACGACUAUGGACGCUGAGCUGGAGUUUGCUAUCCAGCCUAACACCACCGGCAAACAGCUAUUUGACCAGGUUGUCAAGACCAUAGGACUGAGAGAAAUCUGGUUCUUUGGUCUCAAUUACACUGAUAGUAAAGGCUUUGCAACCUGGCUCAAGCUAAACAAGAAGGUGAUGAGCCAGGAUGUGAAGAAGGAGACGCCACUACAGUUCAGAUUCCGCGCCAAGUUCUACCCGGAGGAGGUGUCUGAGGAACUCAUCCAGGAGAUCACCAUCGGUGUUUGAUCAGCACAAACUGUCGCGAGAUGAGUGGGAGGAAAGGAUUACAACCUGGUACUCUGAGCACAAGGGCCUGGCCAGGGAAGAGGCAAUGAUGGAGUACCUGAAGAUAGCACAAGAUCUGGAAAUGUAUGGAGUAAAUUAUUAUGACAUCAAGAACAAGAAAGGCACUGAUCUUUACCUCGGAAUAGAUGCUCUUGGAAUCAACAUCUACGCGACAACAGACAAGCUCAAUCCAAAGAUUGGUUUUCCCUGGAGUGAGAUCCGAAACAUCUCGUUCCAUGACAAGAAGUUCAGCAUCAAGCCCAUCGAGAAGAAAGCACCGGACUUCAUCUUCUUUGCAUCGCGUCUGCGAGUGAACAAGCGCAUCCUCGCGCUGUGCAUGGGCAACCACGAACUGUACCUGCGCAGACGCAAGCCUGACACCAUCGAGGUGCAGCAGAUGAAGGCACAGGCGAAGGAGGAGAGACUUUCGAAGGACCAGGACAGGAGCCGACUAAACAAGGAGAGAGAGGCACGCGAGCUAGCUGAACGGCAAAAGGAGGCAAUUGAGACCAGACUCAAACAGAUGGAGGAGGAAUUUGCAAAAAUGCAAGGAUCCCUGCAGACGUCACAGGACACUGUCACCCGGCUGGAGGAGCAGUUCCUGGAGGCUGAGAGACACACGCAGGAGCUAGAGGAGGAGAGGAGACUCCUAGAGGAGCGUCGCAGGGAAGCCGAGUCGUGCGCCUUGCUUGACAGGGAGGAGAAGGAGCGGCUGACGCAGGAGGCGGAGGAGGCGCACCGCGCGAUCCUGCAGAAGGAGGAGGAGAUGCGGCAGGCGGCGGAGGAACGGCGCCGGCUGAACGAAGAGCUGCAAGAGGCGCGCAUCAAGCAGGAGGAGGCCGCCGCCGAGAUGCUGCGGCUGUCGCAGAUGCCGCGCGAGGUGGUGCGCGAGGUGGUGCGCGAGGUGGUGCGCGAGCCCGAGUCGCCGCAGCUCGACGAGCUGCCCAACGGAGGAGGACCCACGCGAAUUGAGAUCCAGAUGACGAGUGACGAUGAUGCCUACCUGCCACGGCCUGAAGAAUCCAGGGUGACCCAGGUCGACAAGAAUGAGCGCAUGAUGCAGCAGCUGAAGACGCUGAGCAUCGAGCUGUCGAGCAAGAAGGAGGACACGCAGUUGACGCGAUCCGACCAGAUCCACUACGACAACGUGCGUGAGGGCCGCGACAAGUACAAGACUCUCAAGCAGAUCCGACAGGGCAACACCAAGCUGCGUGUCGACCGCUUCGAGAUGAUGUAGGGCGGCCCACGGCGGCUGGGGUCAUGACCUCGGCAGGCCGAUCCCAGGGGGCGCUGUUGGCACGCGGAGUUUGACGCGUGUGAGGGCAGGCGUGUCCGAGUGGAAGGUUUUCGCCAUUGCCGGCUAUGCGUGUGCGGCUUUCGGGAAGCUCUGGUUUUUUCUGAAUGCACCGAGGAGCGUCCUUACUGUUUUCUCGAGUGGUUGUGUUUGGACCAAAUAUGACUUUUUUCUUCUCUAAAAUCGCGUCGCUGAGAUCUGGCUUGUAGGACGUUUUUAGCGUUUCAAAAGAGGCUUGGAAAACUCACAAGUGAGGCUAUAGUUUUCAUCGGCUAACCGUAUAGUUACUGCCAGUUGUUUUUCCCUCCAACUUCACUCAGCUCACCAUGACAAUAACUAUCGCUUGUGUGCAUGUGCAAAUGUUAAAUUUAACCGUGAUUGCCUUGUUAGAAACACUGGUCUCUUGUCACACCAGUCGAACACAUGACUGUUAAAACUAUAUUGGUAAACGAGGCUGAAAAAGGAAAUAACCUGUUGUGUGUGCGGCUGUGCAACGGUUUGUAAGAACCUGAUCUGUGGUUUCUGCAAUAUUAAACUGAGUGAAGUUUUUCACGUGAAAUUAAUGUAGAGGGAAAAGUGGCAAUCGCAUAAAAUUGGCGUUUUUAGCUCGUCCUGAUUAUGAUAGCAAGUAUUGUGGUGACCACAGACCUCCACCUACCUCUCAAAUUCUUGCUAUAGAAUACCUUGUUAUAAUAUUACUUGAGUGAAGGUUGUCUACUUCUAUUGCAACUCGUCCGAUUAGUUACUAAACUAGUAAACGUUUCUAGGUUAGGGUUAGGUUGAUUGCGUGCAGAAUAUAGUUCACUAUGUUCCCGUCCACUGCAUACUGAGUAAAUUCCACUCUUGGGAGAGUCUAAACUCUCUACGGAUAUUUUUCAUACCGUAUAUUGGGCUGACUGCGUGCAUGGGGAGAUUGCUUUGUCUUUGACUAUUUGUAGUCGAUGUACGUUUAGCGCUUAGGAGUUGACCUGGAUCAUGCUAACUCGUGCAAUUGAGUAAAGAAAAUAUUAACUCGGGUGUUCAAAUUGUAUUUUAACUUGGGUCAAACCAGUUUCCCGUUAUAUUUUUCUUGAAAAUACAUGCCUGCAAGCAGGAUCUGCUCGAUUAAUGUGCCCUGUCGGCAUUUCGACGGUAUUGUAAGUUGCAAUCAGUUCUUGUACAUGUGUUUUUUUUCACACUGAUGGAACAUGCAAAUCUGUGCCAAAAGGGGUCGACUGGAUAUAAUGGAUUAUUUGGGACCAGUUUCACGUGAAUAUAUUGCGCUAUUAAGAUUGUAGCGUAUUUGAGAUGCAUGUCUCUGCUCAAGAUGCUAAUAGAGAGAUUCGGGUUAUUAGUUGUAUUGACGGGUACGAGCACAGUGGCCUUCAGUAGAUAAGUGAAGGGGAUCAGUGUGUGCUGUGAGCUGUGACGAUACGUGUGCCGCGGCAGUGCAUCACGAUCUCCGCUGAAUACAUCGGAAUGCGCAUUAUGAUACGUACAUGCCUUACCGUUUAAGUUAACGCGUCUAUUUCUAUUGAAAAAAAAAGUUUUUGUUUAACAUCUCCCACGAAAAUGGAUAGUUUGUGUUCAUCAUGAAUUGAAGUUGCUAGGUUGUUAUAUUUAAUGCACGCGAUAGCAGACUGCAAACGAUGUGGCGCGUGCGGACCUUUUAGUUAUGAAUCUUAUUACGAGACUAUACUGUGAUGUCUUUGACAACUGGCCAUUUACAUUAUUUGCCGAAGCCGUUUCUUUGAUCGUAGAUCGCACAGGUUUUAGUUUCUGCACUGUAUUUUAUGCACCCGUACGUUCUGCACUGCCUCGUCUACGAUCAGUGUGGGGGUUAUGGUAUAUUUCUGUUAUUAUAUGAUAUUAUCAUUGUUAUUGAAUGCGAGUGUAAAUCGGUUGUGAUUAUACAGAUAAAAUAUAUUUCUAGUAGAUUCGGAGUCAUAAUGAUCCAGCGUCGUGAUGACCCUCUUAUAUGAAAUUCGUUCUUUGGGCGAUGAAAAUAAGUAUUAUUCAAGAUAAAUUUUAAUUAAUUAAAAAUUAACUUCUAGCUCAUUUAUAAAAAGGUUCGUAGAAGUGAUGAUGUAAGAUGAUUACAUAUAUCGGGUAGAUGAAUAGAUUCAUUAACCACACUACCGAUUCUUUAGGCGAGACAACCAUCGAGUAAGGAUAUUUAGUAUAGGACAAUUAAAUAUAUGUAUUGUCUCCAUGCUCGUAUUCAUACAAGUAACCAGCAGAGCCUUUUUCUUAAUCAAUGCCAAUAGAGGGCAAUAUAUUUAUGAUGUGCAGGUACCUAAAUGCCGUGUGCAGCUGCACAUCAUUGCAGGAUAAUCUCUGUAACUGCUUCACACAAACGCACGUUGUUACGAGUUGUGCUUUCGAUUUCACAUAGCCACUUGGUAGACCUUGGACAUGUAUGUAUGAUAUUAUGGGUAUAUAUACAUAUAUUUUUGACACUGCUGCAAACUGGCUGUAACUAAUGGUUUUUCCUCACCGUAGCGAAGAAAACGUUUUAAAAUAAACUGAAAGGUAACAUCUUA